GAGUUUGCUAUAGAUGGACUGGUGAAUGUUGUGGGAGGAUGUUGUGGGACCACUCCAUCACACAUAAGAGCCAUAUCUGAAGCGGUCAAGCACUGCCAACCAAGAGUUCCUGCUGCUAAUAUUUACCAACACUACCUGCUGCUCUCAGGCUUGGAGCCAUUCAGGAUUGGCCCUUAUACAAACUUCGUAAACAUCGGCGAACGCUGCAACGUGGCUGGGUCACGCAGGUUUGCUAGGCUGGUCAUGGCUGGACAAUAUGAGGAGGCUCUGAGCAUUGCUAAGGCCCAGGUGGAGAUGGGAGCUCAGAUUUUAGACAUAAACAUGGAUGAGGGCAUGCUGGACGGGCCAACUGCUAUGGCACGGUUCUGUAACUUCAUUGCUUCUGAGCCAGACAUUGCACGGGUUCCUCUGUGCAUUGACUCAUCCAACUUUGCAGUGAUUGAGGCCGGGCUGAAAUGCUGUCAGGGCAAGUGCAUCGUUAACAGCAUCAGCCUGAAGGAGGGAGAGCAGGAGUUCCUGCUCCGAGCGGCCACUGUGAAGCGCUACGGUGCUGCUGUGGUGGUCAUGGCCUUUGAUGAGGAGGGACAGGCCACAGACACAGACCGCAAGGUGGAGAUUUGCACUCGAGCCUACAAACUGCUGGUUCACAAGGUGGGAUUUGACCCCAAUGACAUCAUCUUUGACCCCAACAUCCUAACCAUUGGUACAGGUAUGGAGGAGCAUAGUGACUAUGCUGUCAACUUCAUCACAGCCACCAAACUUAUCAAGGAGACUUUACCAGGAGCCAGGGUGAGUGGAGGUCUUUCCAACCUGUCCUUCUCCUUCAGGGGGAUGGAAGCCAUUAGAGAAGCUAUUCAUGGAGCCUUCCUUUAUCAUGCCAUCAAGGAUGGGAUGGACAUGGGAAUUGUGAAUGCUGGAAACCUGCCUGUUUAUGAUGACAUAAACAAGGAGCUGUUGUUACUCUGUGAAAACCUUAUCUGGAACAGAGAUACAGAAGCUACUGACAAACUGCUUGCCUAUGCACAGAACAAUGUGAAAGGAGGGAAGAAGGUGAUCCAGACAGAUGAAUGGAGAGAAGCGAGCGUAGAGGAAAGGUUGGAGUAUGCACUCAUCAAGGGAAUAGAGAAAUAUGUGGUGGAGGAUGUAGAGGAGUGCCGGGCUCUGGUUGACCGCUACAAGCGACCCCUUCACAUCAUUGAGGGCCCCUUGAUGAAUGGUAUGAAGGUGGUUGGAGACUUAUUUGGAGCAGGGAAGAUGUUCCUACCACAGGUGAUCAAGUCAGCCCGCGUUAUGAAGAAGGCGGUUGGUUAUCUGAUUCCCUUCAUGGAGAAGGAGAGGGAGGAGAUGAUUAUAGCAUCAGGGUCGGCUGAGGAGGUGGAUCCCUAUCAGGGCACCAUUGUUCUGGCUACAGUGAAAGGAGAUGUCCAUGACAUUGGCAAGAACAUAGUGGGAGUGGUGCUGGGUUGUAACAACUUCAGGGUGAUUGAUCUUGGUGUGAUGGUUCCCUGUGAUCGAAUCCUUAGAGAGGCUGUGACACAAAAAGCUGAUGUCAUCGGCUUGUCAGGCCUCAUCACUCCAUCCCUGGAUGAGAUGAUUCAUGUGGCCAAAGAAAUGGAGAGGCUUGGAAUGACAACACCGUUGCUGAUUGGAGGAGCCACAACAUCCAAGACACAUACUGCAGUGAAGAUCGCACCACGCUACAGCUCUCCUGUUAUCCAUGUUCUGGAUGCCUCCAGGAGUGUGGUGGUGUGCUCACAGCUUCUGGAUGAGGCAGCGAGGGAGGAGUACUUUGAGGAUGUGAAGGAGGAGUAUGAGGAGGUCCGGCAGGACCACUAUGACUCCCUGAAGGACCGUCGGUAUCUGUCGCUUGUGGAAGCCAGAAAGAAGGCUUUGCAGAUUGACUGGUUCUCUCAGCCUAAGCCUGAGCGUCCUCAGUUCCUGGGCACCCGUGUGUUUGACAGCUAUGAUCUGAAGAGUCUGCAGGACUUCAUUGACUGGAAACCCUUCUUUGAUGUUUGGCAGCUGAGAGGGAAAUACCCCAAUAGAGGAUACCCCAAGAUCUUCAAUGACAAGACUGUUGGCACGGAGGCUCGCAAGAUCUUUGAUGACGCCCAAAAGCUGCUCAGCCACAUGAUUGACUGCGGUGACGUGAAGGGGCGGGGCCUGGUGGGAUUCUGGCGGGCUCAGAGUGAUGGUGAUGACAUCUACGUGUAUGAAGAUGACAUCAGAACUGGCAGUGGCACAAAGCCUCAUGCUACCUUUCAUGGCUUACGGCAGCAGGCUGAGAAGGACAGCUCCAGCUCAGAGCCCUACCUGUGUGUGUCUGACUUUGUGGCGCCCGUAGACAGCGGCGUGGCGGAUUACAUCGGGAUGUUUGUUGUCAGCGUGUUUGGUGCUGAGGAGCUGAGUCAGCAGUUCCAGGCUCAAGGAGACGACUACAGCAGCAUCAUGGUCAAAGCUCUGGCUGACCGUUUGGCUGAGGCGUUUGCUGAGGAGCUGCAUGCCCGUGUACGUAAGGAGCUGUGGGGUUACAGCGCUGACGAGGCUCUGCAGCCCUCAGACCUCCACAAGGUUUGUUACCGAGGCAUCAGACCUGCUCCUGGCUACCCCAGUCAGCCUGACCACACAGAGAAGCUCACCAUGUGGAGCCUGGCUGGUGUUCUAGAAAAGACUGGGAUCGCGCUGACGGAGUCCUUGGCCAUGACACCUGCUGCCUCCGUCUCAGGACUUUACUUCUCACACCCCCAGGCCUCUUAUUUCGCUGUGGGAAAGAUCACAGAGGAGCAGGUGGAGGACUACAGUAGGAGGAAAGACAUGGAUGUGAAGGAGGCAGAGCGGUGGCUGGCCUCCAUCCUCGCCUACGACACUGAGCUGUAGAGCGGUCUGGAGCCAUCUGAGGGGAGAAUCAGGUCGAUGGUCCCACCUGCCCUCUGCUGGACAGACAUGAGAACUACAACACCAGGCCUUUUAAUCCCACAUGUGAACUUGACUUUUUAUGCCUUUGAUGCCAUCGCCAACACACACACACACACACACACACACACACACACACACACACACACACACACACACACACACACACACCUGUGCUGUGUGUUUAAUCAGGUUUUAUAGAUGCCAGUAGCAUUUCAGAUACUUUCCUGGUUUUUAACGUGACUUUCGAGUCUAUUCCAUCUUGUUGACUGGUUUUAGGAAGCAUUUUUACUGGUUUCAAUGGUCUGUCCUCACAUGGACAUCAACCAACUCCUGGGACAUCUGGUGUAGGACAGCUGCACUGACUCUGGUGCUGUAGGCUGAGACACCAUGGCCACUAAUCCCAGGUGUCUUUUUAUUCCACUUUUAAGUGAAGUGAUUUUUGUGGAGGAAGACUGUCAACUGUACUUAUUUAUCCUUCAAUAAAAUGUUCAUUAGUUUG